CGUCUACUCAAAUUGUUACAACCGCCCAUCCGAGGACCCAACCCCGAACACCGCCAGGCAACGCAUCUCUACUUGCGUUUGCUUUAAUACUACAUCUCCUAGACGGCCGGCGUGCAUAGACCCCAUAGAGCACAACUACUGCAAACAUGUCCAAGGCAACAGAUAAGAGAAUACCGCAAAAAUAUCCAUUCUGCCCACAGGCGUCGCUGCCUCCAUGGCCGCAUGCUGCACACAUCCUCUCGACCUCAUGCGAGUGCGUCUCCAGACCACCCGGGGCGACGCGAGCCUGCUCAAGGGCGUAAAGGAUGUGUAUGCCAGCGGGGGCAUUCGUGCCUUUUACACUGGCCUCACGGCUAGCAUCUUCCGCCAGAUGACCUACUCGCUUACAAGGCUCGGGGCGUACGAUGUGAUCAAGGCGCAGCUGUCCAACAAUGGAACAAAGAAGCUCACCAUGGGCGACCUGGUCAUCGCCUCGGCCGGAGCUGGUGCGCUUGGCGGUCUGGCCGGUAACCCCGCCGACGUGAUCCUCGUGCGCAUGAUCUCGGACCCGAUCAAGCCCAAGGACAAGCAGUUCCACUACCGCAAUGCGUUCCACGGCGUCUACCGCAUGGUCAAGGACGAGGGUGCCGCCAGUCUGUUCCGCGGUGUUGUCCCCAACACUAUCCGUGCCGUCCUCAUGAACUCGUCGCAGCUCGUCUCGUACGACGUGUUCAAGGGGAUGAUCCUCCAGCACACGGACAUGAAGGACGGCAUCCCCGUGCACUUUAUCGCCUCGGCUCUGGCCGGUACCGUCGCGACGACGGUCUGCUCGCCCGCCGAUGUGGUCAAGUCGCGCGUCAUGGCCCGCGAGGGUCCCGGAGGCCCGAUGAAGGUGCUUACGAAGAGCUGGCAGAAGGAGGGACCAAGGUUCCUGUUCAAGGGCUGGCUUCCUGCUUGGAUCCGCCUAACGCCGAAUACCAUUUUCAUGUUUGUCUUCCUCGAGCAGCUGCGCCACGUCGUCGACCGCGUGCGCGAGCAGGUGCAGUAGGCGCGAGCGCGCGAGGCGGUCGGCAGUACACUACCCCCAUCAUACCCAUAUCCCAUACCAUCCCAUCCCAGCACACCACAUCUACGCAUAAAGCUAAAAGAUGAUAGACAGCACCGAGACGCUGUAGUCUAGAGAUCCACCCAUGUACGAUCCUGCAGU